AUGCAGAUGAAGACCCGGCGGAAAGAACUCAUGGAAAAGGCCUCCAAAAUCAAAUCCCUCGAUAACUCUCCUGUCAACGAACGGCAAUUGCUUGUCCUCCGCAUGAUUUAUGAUGAAAUUACCAUGUACCCCUGCGAAGCAUGGAUGGUGUUGGUCGCCAUCAUCAUUCAUCGAGCGUAUAAGCAGGUCAAGAACUGGUUCUCGAACGAGAGGCAGAAGAACAAGCCAAUGAAAGACACGAUCAAUACCGUCCCCUGCGAAACAGAGGAAGGGGACAAAGUCCGCAUGCGCAAUACGGCUUUGUCGGUUUGUCAAGAAUGGUCCGACUCGUUUUUCGAAGAGGUCGCAAUGAUCUACAACUAUCGAGUGCAGCGCAACUCCCACUUUAGAGAGGAAGUCAUCAGAAGGCCGCCCACCAUUUCUGAUCUCCACGCUUGA